AUGAUAUCAGUAGCAUUUCAUGGAACAAGAGCAUAUCUUAUAGACAAAAGUCUUAUACCAAUAGUUUUGUUAUGGAUUGACCCAGUUGUUGGAUAUAACUUCAUAACUUAUGGUUCAUUCGAUACGGAACGUUGCAGUGAAGGCUUACUUUACAUCGUUCAGAAACCGAAGGACUUCAACACAAAAAGAUAUAAGAUAGGAAGGACAUAUAAUAUAACUCAAAGAUAUGACAGUACAGUCAAUAGAGUCAAGGUUGUGUUCGUUAAUGAUAUGAGAGCUGCUGAAACAGAACUGCUUGAAGUUUUUGAGAAAAUGUAUGGUGCUCCCACGAAAGGUAAAGAAACUUUCGAAGUAGAUGAGAUAGAUAGUGCUAUAAAAUUAUUUGACGAAGUUGCUGAAAAAUACAUGUAA